UGUUUCGAGUCCGUGGGGCUCUGGGCACAAAUCGAUGCUGCCGAAUAUCAAAACUUAGCCUUCAAAUCAAGAGCUCCCAACACCUGGGCCGGAUGUGCACAGCGUCACAAGGGCCAGUGGUUUCCAUGGCAACAAGUAGGCCUGAGGCAGGGGGAGCGCGGAUCUGGCAGUGCACCCUGCGGCUCUGGCUAGGCUCCGCACAGGAAGCGGGCCGCCAGGCACUUGCAGAGGGGGGCUGGAGCUCACGGAGGUGAUCCGGAAGAGGAGUGGGGUCUCUGAUCAGAGAGCCGUGGCCCAGGGGAGAGCAGAGGUCAUUCUGAGGCAGAGUCUGAUGAGGGGCAGAAAGAAGGCCUAGGUUGGAGGCAGAGCCAAUCUGAUCGUCACAGCUGAUGCCUAGUUCUUACCCUCAGCUCCUAGACAAUGAACUUCCAGGUGACAGGCCUGGCCCUGGACAAAAUGAAGCUGGACAGUCCACAUUCCUUCCUGGACUCAGAGGAGGUGGAGGAGGCAGAGGACCAGCAGCUGCUGGAGCCAGAGGCUUGGAGGACAUUCAUGGAGCGCCGCAAUGUGCUGCGUGAGUUCCUGACCACAGACCUGAGCCCCCAGUUGCUCAAGCGCCAUCAUGCUCGCAUGCAGCUGCUCAAGAAGUGUUCCUACUACAUUGAGAUCCUCCCUAAGCACCUGGCCCUGGGUGACCAGAACCCACUGGUGCUGCCUAACACCAUGUUCCAGCUCAUCGAUCCCUGGAAGUUUCAGCGCAUGAAGAAAGUGGGUACAGCACAGACCAAGAUCCAGCUCCUGCUGCUCGGGGACCUACUGGAGCAGCUGGACCAGGGCCGGGCAGCACUGGAUGCCUUACUCGAGGCCCCUGACCCACGGCCCUUCCUGGCAGGCUGGGGGCUUGUGGAACAGCAGUUGGCAGACCUGACAGUUGUCAUGGACAACUUCCUGGCCAUGAUGGUACCAGGGCACCUGCAUGUCAAGCACCGCCUGGUAUCUGACAUUGGAGCCACCAAAAUUCCACACAUCCGGCUUAUGCUGAGCACGAAGAUGCCAGUUAUGUUCGACCGGAAGGAGUCAGUGGCCCAUCAGGACUGGGUCAGCUUGCGCUGGUUUGUUACCAUCCAGCCAGCAGCGCCAGAGCAGUAUGAGCUGCGCUUCAAGCUGCUGGAACCGAGGACACAACAGGAGUGUACACAGUGUGGAAUAGUCCCUGUGGCUGCCUGCACCUUUGAUGUUCACAACCUGUUGCCUAACCGUACCUACAAGUUCACUAUCAAGAGGGCAGAAAGCUACACCCUGGUGUAUGAGCCCUGGCGGGACAGCCUCACCUUGCAGACCACGCCAGGACCCCCUGAAGGGCCUGCCCCUAGUCGGCUGGGUAAGCCCAGUCUGCCCCUGACCACACCUUCUGAGAGAUGAUUUUCUAAUAUUUAUCCACUAAUAAAGAGGAGUAUACACACACCAAA